AUGGCAUCCCUUCAUUUCGAUCCAAAUAACCCUUUGAGAUUAAGAAAACUCGAAAAAGGUGACUCAGAUAACGAGGAACUUGUCACGGAAGAAGGCUUUGUAAAUGAAACAAGAAACAUCCGUAAAAGAAACAAGAGAGCCAUCGUUGACGUAUACUCGGCUUCUUCCGAUGAAGAGGUCACUAGCCAAGAAAUCAAGAACGUAAAAUACAGCAAACCUGCUAGUGAAGAAGAAGAGGACGACAUGUUUGCUUCUGAUGAAGAAAACUUGACCAGAGAAGUAACAUCAAAAGACACUAGAGAUUCCCCGAAAAGUGACCUGAUACCAAUGGAUAUGACAGCUUUCAACACCGAAAAUCUUCAGGAACUCGCAGAUGAGAAUGACCGAUCUUCUGAUGACGGUGUAAAAAUUGAGUCGUUCAAUUUAAAGGAGGAAACUGAGCACGGUGUAUUCGACCAAUUUGGUAAUUACGUAAGAGCUGAUGAUUUUGACGAGGAAGCAAAUCAGCAAGAUCAGUGGAUCAACGAUUAUGCUGAUAAAGCUGUGCAUAUCAAAGCCAAAUUAGCACAGCAAAAAAGAAAAACCUAUCAAGAAACCCUACGCUUAAAAGCGUCCCGGCAAGCGCGGUUAAUGACUCUUUCGGGUGCGCUUACAAGACUGUACUAUUUUCUAACUGAAGGAGAAACUGUAUUGCAGGCCUUGGGUAGGUUAAACAAGUGUCGUAUGCGAUAUAUUAAAAAUACCCAGAGAAGCAUGGGGAAAAUAAGUUCUGAUGAGACCAUGAAAAUUAAAAGUUUUGACUUAAAGUAUACAAUUACUGUUAUUAACUAUAUAACGGAACUAGUUGAUUUGCUGGAGCAGAAAGGAGUAAAUGGUGUUUACGAUUUAAAUCGAGAAAAAGUUGGUAAGCUUAUGGAAGAAGAGUCAUUAGGUGACCCAAUUGAUGAUUACAAGACCAAGUUGUGGGAAUUCAAGUGGAGCUACGAUUUAAACAACCCUAGCCGGACAUUUACUAACUAUGAAAUGCAAUGCUGGAAGCUCACUUAUUUCAAAAAUGACGUAAUAGUCAAAUUCCAUGAUGACGAGAACGAGGAGAGGAAUUGGGUUCACAUAGGUUGUAUUCAGUUUAUGUAG